AUGGAGGGCAUGACCACAAGCAAGCGGCGUGGCAGCCACCCCUACGUGGGGCCGCCUGCAUUCGUGCCCAAGGCCGGGCCGGGAAAAGCUGGGCCUCCGCCUUGGGGAGGGGGGGCGGGGGGGCUUCGGCCACAGCAGGCCUGUGGGUCCGUCGUGCGGAGAUCAGGUGGUGCCCGUGUCAGUCACGGCAUUGGCUGCCCAGGUGCCAGGCGUGGCGGGCAGGGAGGAGGAGCAGAGGGCUGGCUGGCGGGCGCCCCGUGCGGUGGGCGGCCCGCACCCUGCAUCGCUGCCAGCAGUCGCAUGUCCGGGUGCCGGGGAGAAGGCAGGCAGCCUGGAGAGGACUCUGCCUUCCUGGGAGAGGUCCUCAUGUGGGACGCGGGGAGCCCCGGCCCUGGUAGCCCCAGGGCUGCCGGACGUGCGCGGGCACCGGGUCUGUGCAGGGGCGAGAUCGAAUUCGGAGGGUCUGGGAAGAAGCGAGGCAAGUUCGUGAAGGUUCCGAGCACCGUGGCCCCCUCCAUGCUCUUCGACCUCCUGCUGACCGAGUGGCACCUGCCGGCCCCCAGCCUUGUGGUGUCCCUGGUGGGCGAGGAGCGGCCGCUGGCCAUGAAGUCCCGGCUGCGGGAUGUGCUGCGCAAGGGGCUGGUGAAGGCAGCUCAGAGCACAGGAGCCUGGGUCCUGACCAGCGCGCUCCGGGUGGGCCUCGCCCGGUACAUCGCACAGGCCGUGCGUGACCACUCACUGGCCAGCACGUCCGCCAAGGCCCGCGUGGUGGCCGUCGGCAUCGCCUCGUUGGGCCGCGUCCUGCACCGCCAGCUUCUGGAUGACGCCCCGGAGGACAGCCCCGUCCACUACCCCGCGGACGAAGGCAGCGGCCAGGGCCCCCUCUGCUCGCUGGACAACAACCACGCCCACUUCAUCCUGGUGGAGCCUGGGCCCCCCGGGAAGGGGGACGGGCCCACGGAGCUGAGGCUGAGGCUGGAGAAGCACAUCUCGGAGCAGAGAACCGGCUACGGGGGCACCGGCAGCAUCGAGAUCCCCGUCCUCUGUCUGCUGGUCAAUGGUGACCCCGGCAUCCUGGAGAGGAUUUCCAGGGCCGUGGAGCACGCUGCCCCGUGGCUGAUCCUGGCGGGCUCAGGGGGCAUCGCGGACGUCCUGGCGGCCCUGGUGACCCAGCCCCACCUCCUGGUGCCCCAGGCGGUGGAGAAGCAGUUCAAAGAGAAGUUUCCCGGCCAGCGCUUGUGCUGGGAGGACAUCGUGCACUGGACGCAGCUGCUGCAGAAGAUCACCGCCCACCAGCACCUGCUCACCGUGCACGACUUCGAGCAGGAGGGCUCCGAGGAGCUGGACACUGUCAUCCUUAAGGCACUGAUAAAAGCCUGCAAGAGCCACAGCCAGGAGGCGCAGGACUACCUGGAUGAGCUUAAGCUGGCCGUGGCCUGGGACCGCGUGGACAUCGCCAAGAGCGAGAUCUUCAACGGGGACGUGGAGUGGAAGUCCUGUGACCUGGAGGAGGUGAUGAUGGACGCGCUGGUGAGCGACAAGCCCGAGUUCGUGCGUCUCUUCGUGGACAACGGCGCCGACGUGGCUGACUUCCUGACGCUGGGGCGGCUGCAGCAGCUCUACCGCUCGGCGCCCCCCAAGAGCCUGCUCUUCGACCUGCUGCAGCGGAAGCACGAGGAGGGCCGGCUGACGCUGGCCGGCCUGGGCGCCCAGCAGGCCCGCGAGCCGCCCGCGGGCCCGCCCGCCUUCUCCCUGCACGAGGUGUCCCGCCUGCUCAAGGACUUCCUGCACGACGCCUGCCGCGGGCUCUACCAGGCGGUGAGCGGGCGACGCCUGCAGGAGCGGGGGCCGGCCAGGUGGCCCGAGGCCCGGAAGGGGCUGCUGGACCUGAGCCGGAGGAGCGAGAACCCAUGGCGGGACCUGUUCCUCUGGGCCGUGCUGCAGAACCGCCACGAGAUGGCCACCUACUUCUGGGCCAUGGGCCAGGAGGGGGUGGCCACCGCCCUGGCCGCCUGCAAGAUCCUCCGAGAGAUGUCCCACCUGGAGGCGGGGGCCGAGGGGGGCCGCACCAGGAGCGAGGCCAAGUACGAGCAGCUGGCCCUGGACCUCUUCUCCGAGUGCUACGGCAGCAGCGAGGACCUCGCCUUCGCCCUGCUGGUGCGCCGCAGCCGCUGCUGGGGCAAGACCACCUGCCUGCACCUGGCCACCGAGGCCGACGCCAAGGCCUUCUUCGCCCACGACGGGGUGCAGGCCUUCCUGACCAAGAUCUGGUGGGGGAACAUGGCCUCGGGCACAGCCAUCCUGCGGCUGCUGGGGGCCUUCCUCUGCCCAGCCCUCAUCUACACCAACUUCAUCACCUUCAGCGAGGAGGCCCUGCUGUGGACGGCCCCCGAGGGCCUGCAGGAGCCGGGCGGCCUGGACUCGGAGAAGAGCCUGCUGUGCAGCCCGGGCAGCCGGCGGGACGCGUUGACCGAGGCAGCAAGGGCUCAGGGUAACCGAGGUCCGCGUGCCGCCUUCCUGCUGGCGCGCUGGCGGAUGUUCUGGGGCGCGCCCGUGACCGUGUUCCUGGGGAACGUGGUCAUGUACUUCGCCUUCCUGUUCCUGUUCACCUACGUCCUGCUGGUGGACUUCAGGCCACCUCCCCAGGGGCCGUCUGGGCCCGAGGUCACCCUCUACUUCUGGGUGUUUACACUGGUGCUGGAAGAGAUCCGGCAGGGAUUCUUCACAGAUGAGGACACACGUCUGGUGAAGAAGUUCACCGUCUACGUGGAAGAUCACUGGAACAAGUGUGACAUGGUGGCCAUCUUCCUGUUUAUUGUCGGCGUCGCCUGCAGGAUGCUGCCCUCAGUGUUUGAGGCCGGUCGCGCGGUCCUUGCCGUCGACUUCAUGGUGUUCACACUCCGCCUCAUCCACAUCUUUGCCGUCCACAAGCAGCUGGGCCCCAAGAUCAUCAUCGUGGAGCGGAUGAUGAAGGACGUCUUUUUCUUCCUCUUCUUCCUGAGCGUGUGGCUCGUGGCCUACGGCGUGGCCACGCAGGCCCUGCUGCACCCCCACGACGGCCGCCUGGAGUGGGUUUUCCGCCGCGCGCUCUACCGGCCCUACCUGCAGAUCUUCGGGCAGAUCCCGCUGGACGAGAUCGACGAAGCCCGCGUGAACUGCUCCCUGCACCCGCUGCUGCGAGAGGGCCCAGCCUCCUGCCCGAACCUCUACGCCAACUGGCUGGUCAUCCUCCUCCUGGUCGCCUUCCUGCUGGUCACCAACGUCCUCCUCAUGAACCUGCUCAUCGCCAUGUUCAGCUACACGUUCCAGGUGGUGCAGGGCAACGCCGACACGUUCUGGAAGUUCCAGCGCUACCACCUCAUUGUGGAGUACCACGAGCGCCCCGCCCUGGCCCCGCCCUUCAUCCUCCUCAGCCACGUGAGCCUGGUGCUCAGGAGGCUCCUCCGGAAGGGGGCUGAGCAGAGGCGGGCUCGCCUGGAGAGAGACUUGCCGGAGCCCCUGGACCAGAAGAUGGCCACCUGGGAGGCGGUUCAGAAGGAGAACUACCUGAGCAAGCUGGAGAGACAGAGAAAGGACAGCAAGGGGGAGGUGCUGCGGAAAACCGCCCACAGGGUGGACCUUGUUGCCAAGUACCUCGGGGGGCUGAGAGAGCAAGAAAAGCGCAUCAAGCACUUGGAGUCACAGGUCACCUACUGCACAGAGCUCCUGUCCUCCAUGGCCUGGGGCGGCCCCCACCAGAACUCCCAGAACACCGAAGACGGACACCAGCAAGCGUCUGCUGACCGCAGGGAGGCUGGCGGCGGCUCUCGGACACCGGAACCAUUAGGAGCGUCGGCGCACGGGGCCCACCCCUCCCAGAGCCCUGUGCCUGGCCCUCUGGCCCAGAUCAGGAUGGGUGCUCUCAUGGCACGGCGGGUGCUCCCAUGCCACAGCAGGUGCCGGGCUGUGUCCAGCCUGGGCAACGGCCCCCGGAUGCUGCCCCCACAGCUGCUUUAUGACACCCACACCGAGCCAUUGAGGGCCAGCAGGGCACCAGGGUGA